GCUGUAUAUAAUUGUUUGCUUUUUAUUGUGCUUCACAGCAUAAACUGCACUUUGGAGUCAUACACAGGCAAAUAUUGAUACGUCUGUAUGGACUACAGCAACCCUCUCCCCUGCUUAAUUGAGGUAUAGGAGGUAACCAGUCAUAACUUCAGUAUUACACCAGCCCAAGUCCUCUUGAAAAUUUGCUGGGUAACAGACGGUCACGCACUUAGACUCCAUCUGCUCUGUGGUGCUAACUUGUCUUGACCCAAGACAGUCAAACUUAAAUUAAAUGUAGGACAAAUCCAAACACAUGUACCAAGAUAUUAUGCUCCUUUUAGAUGAAGCCAGCAAAUGUGUGGCACAUUAAAAUGAUCAUCCGCACUGAGUUAAGACACCGAAGUUGAGUGAACUUUACGUCGUCAUCUAUGGAUUUCCUUCAGGCACAGCUCCACUUUGGGUUUGAUGUACAUGCAAACUUGCACUUUGGAUCUCAGGUGCUUAAUUUCAGCCAUAACAAAUUUGUCUUCUCCACUUUAAUCAUAAUAAAUUUCGGAUUUAUCUGGUGAUUUCUGAACGUGUUUUUUUCUCAGCAAAAAUAUUUGCGAAAUAUGCUGUCGGGUAUCACGUAUCAAACGUUACUAGUCACACAAUUAAAGACGAUAUUUGAACGGCAAUUGUCAUGGAAAUCAUAUUUCUUAACAUUUUUGUGCAUCCAAUUUUUUUUCCCCCAUUCACUCGUUUGCUGUCUGUUUUUAUGUACCUAAUUAUUACAAACCGUUAAUUUAGCAUUAAAAACAUGGCAUUUAAAUGACAACAUACACAGGCAAUUUUGUAUCUUUAAAAAAAAUGUAGAUCAAAUGUCUAAGACGUGACUUUUCAAACGUGAUAACCCUAGAAAUAAAGCAGUCAUUGAGUUCCUUAAUUAGCAUUUUCUACAAUGAACCUUUAAUACACGGACUCCGGAGAAGUGAAAUUAACCGACAGAAGGUGCAGCGCCGUAGCCUCUGCAUGGCCACUUCGGAAAUGAGCGCAGAGAAGCCGUGAGAUCAUAAUGUGGCAGGAAGCUGCCGCCCCGGUUACGGCUGUGAAGCGCUGCGCUCCGCUGAGGCCAGAUCACUAUUUCGCAGCCGUUUCCCUAUGACUGCUUGCAGUUCCCUUUCGCGAUUGAGAGAGUGAGAAAGAAAGAGGGAAAACCGAGCGGUGGCUAUUCUGGGGAAAGGGGAUCUUAUCGGCAUUCUCCCGUUUUUUUUCUCCCCCCCCACCGCCUUGUCCUGGAGGCUGAUCGCGCGGCGUAAUGGAGGCGGAAAGGUCCGGAGGAACGGGCGGCACGAAUGCGAAUCCUGGAGGGAGCGGCGCGGGGCGCAAUCCGAACGGGCCGAAACCAGUGCCAGGGCCGGGGACUGCAGCAGCAGCGGCGGCGGCGGCGGCGGUGACGACGACAACGGCGGCGGCAGUAGCGGGGGCGAUGGCCGGCACCUCUCAGCCGCGGGACCCGCAGGAGGGCCUCUCCUUGCCUGGCAUUUUGCAUUUCAUCCAGUUCGAAUGGGGACGUUUCCAGGCAGAAAAAUACCGCUGGGAAGCCGAGAGAGACGAACUCCGGGCGCAGGUGGCUUUCCUGCAGGGCGAGAGGAAAGGUCAGGAGAACAUGAAACAGGACCUGGUGCGGAGGAUCAAGAUGCUGGAGUACGCGCUCAAACAGGAGAGGGCUAAACACCAGAAGCUCAAGGCAGGAACCGAGCAGAGCACCGGAGAGAAGAAAGUGGAAGCGGAAGCUGAACAAGUUCCCAAUGGCCCAGGCGAGCCUGAUGCUGAACCGGCCAAUCAGAUGUCCUGGAAGGAGGGGCGUCAACUGCUGCGCAAGUACCUAGAGGACGUUGGCUACUCCGACACCAUCCUGGACAUGCGUUCCAAGCGGGUGCGCUCGCUGCUGGACCGCGGCAGCCCUGAGGUGAACGGCCCCCCGCCAGCGGAGCCCCCGCCAGAGCCACAGGCUCACGGGGCAGAGUCUCGGCUCGUCCGCCAGAUCGAGGAGCAGAUCAAAAGUGAGCGGUUCCUAACCCCCAGGAGCGAGCUGAUCAACUGUGUCGCCAGCCACCCGGCGCAGCCGAUCUCCAUCACCGCCCACGAGAACCGCACCAUCCGCUUCCUGGACAACAAGAGUGGUAAAGUCCUCCAUUCCAUGGUGGCUCACCUGGAUGCAGUCACCUGUCUGACCACAGACCCCAAAGGCACUUAUCUCAUCUCCGGCAGCCACGACUGCUCGGUGCGGCUGUGGACCCUGGACAACCGGACGUGCGUGCAGGAGAUAACGGCGCACAGGAAGAAGCACGACGAGGCGAUCCACGACGUGGCCUUCCACCCCUGCCAGCCUUUCAUCGCCAGUGCCGGCGCCGACGCCCUCGCCAAGAUCUUCGUCUGAAAGCCCCGGUUGGGGGCCGGGGGUCCCGAGGACCCGGCGGCUCGUCCCAGACACUGCCGGACUUAAAAACACGGAAAAAUUAUUCCUCGCUUGCACGGACAUUUGCGCGUGCGUAAUCAGAGAUGUGGGCAUAUGCGUGAACACACACACACUCUCUCACUCUCACACACACACACACACACACACUCCAAACACCCGUCUGGCAGGUCGGCAAAGUGCCGCUUGCAUUCGGGGAUGUUUUUACUGAGACGGUUUUGCUUUUAUAAUCGCAUAGUGUUGCUGCUCUUACUAUCGGUAAACUGUUCACUAAAAGACCUGUAACGUUUUUUUUUUCUCCCAGUUUUAUUAACCUUAAGCGGUAUAUGUCCUACCUGCUGAUAUUUAAACUACACAAAUCUUCACCUUGGAGCUGGACAAGGUGGGGAAAAUGAAGUAGAAUUUAUGAUGGACAUAUUUCGAAUUGUAAUUGUUUGUUUAUACCACAUGUAAACCAUGAAAACAUCUAAACCACUAGGUUGAGUCGAUAAGUAUGCUCUGUGUAUAGUACAAAUGUUCAUCUUUAAAAAAAAAAAUACCAAUGACGGCUUAAGGCGUUUGCUGGAUUAACAGAUGAAUAGCACAUUUCCAGAAUACUAACUUUUUUUGCCCGCACCGGCAAACAAGAAGCCUUCACGGCUGCCUCUGUCAAAGAUAAACAUGAAUGUGUUUUUUUUGCCAAAUAUCAUAGUCCCUUAUUUUGCUGAAUAUAUUUGUAAGAUAUGAACUGAGAGUCGUCAUUUUUAUCGUCACCAUGAUUUAAAAAAAACAAAAAAAACAAAAAAACACCUCAGUGGCACCUCUGAAUUGUGCCAUAAAAUGAGUGGACUGGUCCCCGGCUGCCCAGGGGGGUGCUAUGAGUGAUUGGCAAGGUGCAGGAAGGGGAGGAGCCACACACCUCCUCUCUCUCCAUUGGAAGCCACUCUCUCUCCCUCCUUUGGCGGCUUGUCCCUGAAGCCACGCCCCCUCCCUUAGACACUGAGGUGCCUGUCGAUUGGAUAUUCUGGGCGUGUCCUCGUUAUUUAGCCAAUUAUCUGUGUCCUCUGUCAGAAUAAGGUAAAAGGGGAGUGAAGGGUGGGCGGGGCUAGAUGAUGGAUUUGUCUGUAUAUAUAUGAUCUUCUAUCAUCGACUGUAUAUAGUGUGUUUUUGGUUAAUCUCGGUGCUAAAAUCAUGUCUGAAUCAGGGACAUUUUCCUUUGAUGUUGGGCCUGUUCCCUCUAGUCGCUCAGGCACCAAAUGAGCACUAUGGCUUCUUGUCAACAAGGGUCCAUAUCUAUGACAAGCCACAGGCUGUCCCACGUGAUGUUAGAAAUAGCUCAUGGUUUUUAAGUGGCUGUUCCCCCCCCCCCCCCCCAGGUAUUAUGUUUUCCUUUGUCUGAAGCCUUUUAUAAUCACCUAAUUAUCUUUUUUUAAUUGGUGGUGGGGAUAUCGAGGGUAAUCUUGUGAAUGUAGCCCUCGAGUUUCACGGUCCAUGAUGCUUUGCGCUUUCAGCUGGUUACGCUUGCUGCAGGUCACACAAUAGGCGUUGGUAAUCCGGUUUAAUAAGCAGUAGAUCAGAGGAACCUUUGUAGUACAGUACAAUAGUAACACAACUACUGCAAUUUCUGUCAUUGUCAAUGUAGCGCCACUAUAUUAUCCAGAGGUAUAUUGGCCAAGUUUUCUGUUUUUGUUUGUGUUUUAUUUUAUGUCAAAGAUCCAUGAUAAAGAAGGACAGGGGAGGAGAGACGAGAUACGGUGCUGUAGUUUAAUUCCCAUGCUAGGAAAUAAAAUAUAAACACUUUGGUCAGAUGCUUUCUGAAGGAAGGGCAGGGCUGGGUCGGCUUGAGUUACACAAGCAGGCCUCUACAGUAAAUGGAAGAAUUGGAGGAGUCUUUAAAAGACAUUUAAUAAAUCACUACAGGGUGAGAAAACACAGCAAGCAAUUUCACUAUAUGCAAAUCGGAGGAUGUUUGGCUGUUUGUUGUGCGACGGAGGGGGUGUUGUAUACUAAUUUUUUUAACGUCCCAAGUGUAACGUUUGGAAUUGUGUGUCUGACCAUGCCCCCCUGUUGAGUUUAUAAACUUGUUUCCAUUUUUGUUUUUUUUGUGUUUUUCCUGUUUUUGAGCCUCGUUUGCUCUGUAGGAACGGAAAGGGCCCGAGGCUCUGCUCCUGCAGUUUGUGGAAAGCCAUCAAAACGGGGCAAUAAAAGUGUGUGCUGGGAGCACAGGGCCACGGGCCCCCGAGGGCCCGGGUGAAUGAGUGACUGGCCUCGCUGCCCCGGGCCCUUCCGUCUGCGGAAAGGACGAGAGCUCGCAUGCAGGCCGCUUCAUUAGGGGGGUCAGAGAGAAGCACGCGUGAGCGGCAGAGGUUGCGAUGAGGUCACCCCCUUCCCCCCAUGUUGGAUGUAAUGUCCCUAAAGGAACGUGACUGUGCCACUAUCACUAAUUCAUUAUAUGGUUUAAUUGCGCCCCCCCCCCCCAAAUUACUCUCGAGUUUUAACAUAAAUUGUCAUUUAUCUAUCAGUCAUUCACCUCAUGGGUCAGUAUGAUUCAAGAUUCAGGAACCAUUUAUUGUUUCUAAUGCUUGUGUUUUUUUGUUUUUUUUUUUGCAAUAGUUUUUUUGUUUUUUUUUUAUAUCCGGAUCACGUUUUUAUUGGGGGAUUUUAAACAUAUUGUUUCAUUCUCCCCCCCUUAAACAUUUUACCCUGGCUUGGUCUAUCCGGUGUUUCAAAUCAGCGUCCAAAUGCAGAAUUCCAAACAGGAGGAGGACAAGCAGAUGUAGACGGAAAAGAAAAACAUUGACCGAAAGACCAGAUAACGCAAUUUGGUGUUACGUGUUGUAUUUGUCCCGUCAUUUCAUUUUUCUCCUUUAUUUUUUUUUAUUAUAAUAAUUAAGCUUAUUAUUAAGAUGUAACAAUGCAGUAGUUUAAGUGUAUAUCAAGUGCAUCAUUCUUUUAAAGUAGGCUUAGAACUUGCUUGUGAAUGAUAAAUUGCAGUUGUCCAACUUUCAUAAUAUAAUGAAAACGUAACACGACGAAUAAUGAAAGUAACAGUAAAAGGGCUCAUUUUCUUCCUGGUUUGUCUUUUUUUUUUUAAUAGCAACUUAUCACUGUGUGAUAUUUUGUACAUCAUAUUAAGCGGUAUUCCAAACGAUUUUCUGUAACCACAAGGGACAAGAGACUUGCUGUUUAUUUAUUAAAAUACCACCCUUCCCCCCCCCCCGGCUUUUUUUGUAAUGCAUUCAGGCUCGUAUCAAAUUAUAUAUUUUCCAUUUACUCUCUGGUUUUGUUUACUUAGCGGGUCUCGUAUGUCAUUCAGAAAAAGCUUCAUAACGGUAACAAUAAAGAUUUUGUACAUAGAA